AUGGCUGACAAUCAAGGAAGAAGGUUCUCUUGUGGCAUUGAUUUCUUUCACGUUCCCGAUUUACGAGUAGCUGUUACAUCGGCUACUGAAGCUGGGUUUGACUUUGUUUGCACACCCAUUUCUCAUCCACGUUGCAAACGUGAAUUUAUCGAAGGACCUGCUCGAAAUCGCGGAGGACUUUUUGCUGUACCAGACGCUUUAUUAUCUGGCCAAGAAUGGAGCUCCUCUAUUGUGGGCAAGAUUUCACCUUGGAUUUUACCUGAUUCUGUAGAUGAAGCAACGCGCUAUAAUUCUGAAAAGGCCCUGAACCAGGAACUAUCGUACGCAAGCCAUCUCUCACUGCCAGCAAUCACUGUCCAACUUAAUGGCGGUUCUGUCGCCAGAUUGGCUAGCAUUUUAAACAGUUAUUUGAAUACGUCGUUGGGACAUCAACAGGUUUGGAUUCAAGUGCCAUUAUGUGCCACUAAUAAUGGAAAUGAUGCUGUAAGGGAUACCGCCCUUGAAGACCCCUGGGGAUGGUGGAAUACCUUGAGAUCUAUGUGCAGUUUUCAUAAGAGACUCGGGCUAGUGCUGGAAGUAACCCAGGCUUUACCGACAGAUGUUGAAAUCGAUAGAUGGUUUGGCGAGCCUAUCAAGUGUUUAUCGUUUCCUACUAGUAUUUUUCGUACAAAUAAAAAAGGUUAUCCUGUUUUAAGUCGUGGCCAUCAGGAAAUGGCUAAGCGAUUUUUUAAGUUAAGAAUCCAAAGUAUUGUAUCUGGUAAUUGCCAAGAUCCUACCAAGAAUCAACCGCCUUUAGACGAUUACCAAAAGUUUGUGCGUGGUUACGGAGAUUACUUACAGUGGCCAUUACAGCCACUAAUGGAUAAUUUAGAUUCUCAAACCUAUGAAGUUUUUGAAAAAGAUCCUGUUAAGUAUGCGCGAUAUGAAGAGGCAAUCUAUCUGGCGCUUCUUGACCGUAUAGAGAGUAAUCAUAACGAAACGUAUUACGGUAAUGGUAAUAAUUCUAUUGGAUUUAGUGUUGUAAUGGUUUUAGGGGCUGGCCGAGGACCGCUAGUGAAAGCUACUUUACGUGCUGGUUAUAGUUUACAAACCAAGUUGACUGUAUAUGCGAUAGAAAAAAAUCCUAAUGCCGUCAUUACAUUACAAAAUUUGAAAGCAGUAGAAUGGGGAGACCAAGUGACGGUUGUAUCAACGGAUAUGAGAGAAUGGGAGCCCCCAUGCAAGGCCGAUAUUAUCGUAAGCGAACUGCUAGGAUCAUUUGGUGAUAACGAACUCUCUCCAGAAUGCUUGGAUGGUGCUAUGAAGUACUUGAAUGAGGGCGGUAUUUCCAUUCCAUCCAAAUAUUCGUCGUAUUUGUCACCUUUUUCGUCUUCAAAGUUAUAUAAUGAAGUUAGAGACUGUAGGGAGAAAGAUAGGCAUCCACUGAUUUCGUUUGAAACUCCCUUCGUUGUUCAUCUGCAUAAUGUACAUAUAUUCUCGGAUCCGUUGGAAUGUUUUUCGUUCAGCCAUCCUAAUUCAGGCUCUGGAUCUAGGAGUAAUGAUAGAUAUAUUUGCUUAACUUAUCAAUCACCUUCAAAAGAUACUGUUUUGACUGGUUUUGCUGGAUACUUUGAAGCUAUUUUAUAUAAAAAUGUGACUAUAAGUACUGUUCCUGAACGUCAUUCUGAAGGGAUGUUUAGCUGGUUUCCAAUUAUGUUUCCAUUAAGGGAACCGAUAUAUGUGAAAGCGGAAUCAAGAAUUGAUGUUCAUUUUUGGCGAAAAUCAUCGGCAUCGAAAGUUUGGUAUGAAUGGUGUGUCACAAACCCUUAUAUUUCAGGGUUGCACAACCCAAAUGGACGUUCUUAUACAAUUGGUUUGUAG